UAUGCGUGGUGGAAACAGUCACUCAACGCUUUCAAAAGGGAAAGGACAGCACUUGCAAGAAUAAUUUGCAUGGCUGUAGGGAAAGGAACUGAGGAGUUGCUCUACCAGGAACUGGUAUAGACUCGAUGGGCCGAGGAGUCUCGUUCCGUGCCUUUACAGUUAUAGAGCAGGCCCACAUCGUGGUAUAGACUUUUGGAGGAGGGAGGGAGCCGAUGAUGUCCAGGGAGCCGGCGAAAUUUUUGGUGCUGGUGCCUUGUCUCGGUGACUCAAGCAGGAGGAGCUGCAGACUGUAAGCAGGAGGGAGGGAACAGCAGGGUGAUGUCAGCAAGUGCGCUGCUCUGGGCUUCAGUCAAGUAGCCCCGAGACCAGGACUUAUACUAAGGAAAAGAGACGGGGAAAGCCGUGCUUCAGCCUCAAAGAAAGAUUACCAUCGGCAACUUUUUUUUUCUGGCGGCGGCGGUGAGAAAUAAUCCUUCCUUAUCAUCAUUUUUUUUCUGCGUGUGGAUCUUCUGCGUGGGGGUGGAUAAUACUCACGGCAACAAGGAAGAAACGAGCAACUAUCAAUCGACUUGCUGUGUGAUCCAGUAACAAUAACGUAUAAUUCGAAUACCUCGAGAAGAGACACCAAUCCUGAGGUGUAAUCGAAGAUGUGGAGAGAAGGGAAAGAAGUCUGUUUCCAUUGAUUUCGAGACGUUUUCCCCCUCCCCUCCGGCCGUCGGUUGUUGAGUGAGUGCUAUGCACAUCCGGGCCAUCGGGCUCGAGGAGGCCAUCAUUGUUCGCUCGGGGGAAGGGGGCAGAGGCGGCCGCCUGCGCUCAGGCACCAGCAGUGGCUAUUAAACUUUACAAAAACAAUCAAAACCACUCGGGAACAUGUCCAACCAAGGGGCCAGGAGGAACGGGCCGGUCAAGUUACGUCUAACAGUGUUAUGUGCAAAGAAUUUGGUGAAGAAAGACUUCUUCAGACUCCCUGAUCCCUUUGCGAAAAUAGUAGUGGACGGGUCAGGCCAGUGCCACUCUACAGACACAGUAAAGAACACCCUAGACCCAAAGUGGAAUCAGCAUUAUGAUCUAUAUAUUGGGAGGUCAGAUUCUAUAACUAUCAGCGUUUGGAAUCAUAAGAAAAUCCAUAAAAAACAGGGUGCAGGUUUUCUUGGCUGCGUGCGACUCCUUUCCAAUGCCAUAAAUCGCCUUAAAGAUACUGGUUACCAGAGGCUGGAUCUAUGCAAACUGAGCCCUAAUGACAAUGAUACAGUAAGAGGGCAGAUAGUAGUGAGCCUUCAGUCUAGGGAUCGAAUAGGCAGUGGAGGUCCUGUGGUAGAUUGCAGUCGUUUGUUUGACAAUGAUUUGCCAGAUGGAUGGGAAGAACGAAGAACUGCCUCUGGUCGGAUACAGUAUCUCAAUCACAUCACACGAACGACACAGUGGGAAAGACCUACUCGACCUGCUUCCGAAUAUGCCAGUCCUGGCAGGCCAUUGAGUUGCAUAGUGGAUGAGAAUACACCUAUUAGUCCAGCUAAUGGUGCUUCAUGUGGACAGACACCUGACCCAAGGAUGGCAGAGAGGAGGGUGAGGUCACAAAGACACAGGAAUUAUAUGAGUCGGACACACUUGCACCUUCCACCUGAUCUCCCAGAAGGUUAUGAACAAAGAACAACGCAGCAAGGUCAGGUGUACUUUCUGCACACGCAGACCGGAGUGAGCACAUGGCAUGAUCCUCGAGUACCCAGGGAUCUUAGCAACGUAAAUUGUGAGGAACUAGGGCCAUUACCUCCGGGCUGGGAAAUUCGCAACACAGCUACAGGAAGGGUCUACUUUGUUGACCACAACAACAGAACAACACAGUUUACAGACCCAAGGUUGUCUGCUAAUUUGCAUUUUAUUUUAAAGAGAGACUCGAACCAAGGAUCGAAUCUACACUAUCAACAUACAAGUCGCCAGAACCACCUGAAAGAACAGCAACAACAGCAGCAACCCCCUCCGGCCCCUCCGAUUCUCCUGCCUGAUGAAGCUGAAUGCCUUACCGUGCCUAGAUAUAAACGGGACUUGGUCCAAAAGCUCAAGAUCCUCAGACAAGAGCUGUCACAGCAGCAGCCCCAGGCUGGUCACUGUCGCAUUGAGGUUUCCAGGGAAGAGAUAUUUGAGGAGUCUUACAGGCAAGUAAUGAAAAUGAGACCAAAAGACUUGUGGAAACGGCUAAUGGUAAAAUUCCGUGGUGAAGAGGGAUUAGAUUACGGAGGUGUUGCUCGGGAAUGGCUCUAUCUUUUAUCACAUGAAAUGUUGAACCCAUACUAUGGACUGUUCCAGUACUCCAGAGAUGACAUCUACACAUUACAGAUCAACCCAGAUUCUGCAGUCAAUCCUGAGCAUUUGUCUUAUUUCCAUUUUGUUGGUCGGAUAAUGGGGAUGGCAGUGUUUCACGGACACUACAUUGAUGGGGGCUUCACCCUGCCCUUCUAUAAGCAGCUGCUGGGAAAGUCUAUCACACUGGAUGACAUGGAGUCUGUGGACCCGGAUCUACACAACAGUUUAGUCUGGAUUCUUGAAAAUGACAUCACGGGUGUCUUAGAUCACACAUUCUGUGUAGAGCACAAUGCCUAUGGAGAAAUCAUUCAACAUGAACUGAAGCCAAAUGGGAAAAGCAUCCCUGUAACAGAAGAAACCAAGAAAGAGUAUGUCCGGCUCUACGUGAACUGGCGGUUUCUGCGAGGUAUUGAGGCCCAGUUUCUGGCUCUGCAGAAAGGAUUCAAUGAGGUGAUCCCACAGCAUUUGCUGAAAACGUUUGAUGAGAAGGAGUUGGAGCUAAUUAUCUGUGGCCUUGGAAAGAUUGAUAUCAACGAUUGGAAAUCAAACACUAGGUUAAAACACUGUACGCCAGAUAGCAAUAUUGUUAAGUGGUUUUGGAAGGCAGUGGAGUCUUUUGAUGAAGAAAGACGAGCCCGAUUACUCCAGUUUGUCACAGGAUCCUCUCGAGUGCCUCUGCAAGGUUUCAAAGCAUUGCAAGGUGCAGCAGGUCCAAGACUUUUCACCAUCCACCAGAUCGAUGCCAGCCCCAACAACCUCCCCAAAGCACAUACCUGCUUUAACAGAAUUGACAUUCCACCUUAUGAGAACUAUGAAAAACUCUAUGAGAAGCUGCUAACAGCAAUUGAAGAGACUUGUGGGUUUGCUGUGGAAUGACAUCCUCAUGAAUCAUGGGACUUUCUGUACGCACCUGUCAGUGAGGGUUUUCUCCUGCCAAGGUUCCAGCAGUGCUUGGAGUAUACAGGAUGUCUUUCCCUUAGCAAGAGGAAAGUGAGAGGGAAUGGAUGAUUAGGGAACUUUGAGGAAACUGGUCACCUGGCAUUCGCCAUGAGACUUUCAGCUGCUAAACUAAUACCUGAAAAAUUAAGGACUGCUGGCUUUUUAUGUUUUGAACAGUUAGCAGUAUUCUUGAUAGCAUUUCUGAUUUAAAAGACUACUACAGAAAGUACUAUUUAGGCAUCAGUCUUAAGCCCAUUUACUCCUUGCUAAUUAUUAAUAGCCCCAUGCAUCAUGAUGUAGACUGCAGCAUUCGGUACAACAAGCUAUUGUUGAGCUGACGUGACUAUUGCCAUAAUAUCACUUAUUUUCCUACUGUUCAUUCAUUUGGGUGCAAAGCAUAGAAAUUAUCGACAGAACUGAGCUCUAGUAGACAAUAUUCAAUAUGGAUUCUCAAAUGGGAAAUUGGCUAAAUCUUUUUGUUUAAGAAAUAUCCUUCCUGAUGUGCUCCAGAUUUGGAUCAACAUCUAUUAAUCCAGUUUUUUAAAUAUAUAUUAUAAAGGCAUCACAGGAGAAGCAUUCCACAUUAUUUCAGCCUGCUCAGCCAUAACCACUUGACCCAAGUGCUCCCAAUUGUUGAGGAGGGAUUUUUUAUGAACUGUAUAUUACCAGCCAGCAUUGCUGAGAAAUUUCUGUGUCGUUUUUCUUUAUUAUUGCAUCAGUUAUUUACACGACUUAAGGGAUAAAUACUUUAUUGUAUAUUAACAGUGGUAGCGCUCUACAAUGUCGGUUUUUAUGCUCCCAGAAUUUUGUAACGUAAAGGGUAUGAAUUACAUUCCACUUUAUUAGUUAAAGCUGGGCUGAGGCGAGCAUCCUGGUAAAGCCAACAGCUAUUAAAUAUAAAGUCGAAGAGCGUCGUCCUCAGUUAUGUCUUUCUGUCCACAAGAUGAAUUAUGACCUGUAUAUUAAAUUGAGAUAGCUCAAAACCCCUGGUUGACUCUUAAGGAGUUUGAAUUCAGUGUAUGAUUUUAUUUGUAAUUUUAAUGAUAGGAAAUGUUCUACGGAUCCUUUACAUUCAUGUGAGUUUUAAUAUAUUUAUAACCUGUUGACAUUCUUGUCGAAUGAUAGUAUUUCUGUACUGGGAGCACCUGUUGAUAAAGCAACCUUAUGUUUUUUUGCCCUGCACUGCUGCCUAUCAAUUGCAAGAGCACCAUCCAACAAGAAAGUAUCCUGCCACGCUGCUUUGUACAGGUUUGGGUGAGGCGUGAUAUAUAAAUCUGAGGCUAAUACUGUGAUGAUUUCAACUUUUAAGUUAAUUGUAUCUUAACUUUUAAACCACUUUUUGCACAUCUUAGGAUUUUAGUUCUGUUUUGGUCUAUAACCCGACCCCAUUCCCUCCCUCCCUCCCUCCCCCCCCCCCCCCAUUCUGAAAUAACAGGCUGACAGCUGACAUCUAUCAAUAGAAGAGUUCCCAGUGGACACUUAAAACAGUCUCUUAUUAAUAAGUGCCCAAUGCACACAUGGUUUUCUUAUGUGAUCUAUUUUGGAACAAUACAUAACACUAUGCCUAAGCUUAUCAAUGGUGGAUUUAAAAUGAGCUGCAUACACAGAAGUAAAAGCCAAAGUCGGCAGAGUGUUGCUCUUAUAAUAAAACGCAUGCUUCAUCAUACAGCUGAUAGCAUCUAGCAUGCUCCCAUCGCUUCACAGACUUGAAAUAUGCUGUAAAAAUCGAAUAAUACGAUAAAGCAGACAGGAGCAGUUCACUGUAUGUAACACAUCAAUUAAUAGAAUAUUGUCUACCAGUUGUUAAAAUCUUUUUUUAUAUAUAGAUGUAAUUAGUUUACAAUUAAUCCCUUGGCUUUACUUCCCAGUUCUUAAAAACACCAUAUUUUAUUUUGUUUUAGAUUUUCCUCAUUUCCAUUUUAUUUGUAUUUAUUACAGAGUGUUCUAGCAUCGUUAACACAUUGUAUUUCACCCCCGCUGUUACAUGGGCUUUAAUAAUUUAAAAAAACAAAAAAAAACUGUGUGGAAACAAACUUUUAUGUAUGUACCCAUGCAGAAUGAGCAAUA